AUGAGCCACGACUCAGUCCGCAUGCUGCACACGGCACCACCCGCUAAGUCACCGCUGGAUCUCUCGGCGCACGACGUAGCUAUGGUGCGUCUUGGUAGCGGCUCCACUCUACAGCGCUCGCACAGCAAACCCGAGCACCCGACGUCCCAGAUGGGCGCUGCUGCCGUGGAUGCCGAAAACCAGCACACCAAGCGCCACAACGGCAAGAAACUACUGUUCCUACGCAAAUUUAGUGUGUUGGAGGAGGACAUUGUCGUCUGCAAUCGAGUUCGUUGCGGCGUCGACCCGUCCUGGUUCCAACAGCGGAAUGCUGGCGACCACCGCUACCUACGUGCACUGAGCUUUGAAGAGGCGAGACUGGCAGCUACGCGUCGCCGUCGCUCAGUGUCGAUGGCGGCGGCCUAUCCGAAAAAGAGCCAAAGCAUGCGCAUCAACAUAAGCGACUUGAUGGAGGACGACGAUGCUGCCACGAGUAAAAGUAGUGCCGGUAGCGAAUACAGCUCCAUACGUGCACCACCGGGAAUAAUGCGGUCUGGAUCCUCACGAAAAAGUGUGUCAAGCCCACGCAUGCGCACGGCAUCAGAAAGCUCGGCGUUGCUCACUCCUCGUGAGAAGGCGAUGCAUGGACGUUACCUCAUCCGCGAGUCGUUCGCUGCGGGAGCCUACGGUAAGGUUUGCUCUGGACAAGACAAGUCUUCUCUCGAGGAGGUUGCGGUGAAAAUCGUGCCAAAGUACAUUUUGAUCUCACCCGAAGAAAAGCAGUCAGGCAUCGAAGAGAACAAGUGUCGAGAGUUUUUUCGGCAGCUGUUGCUUGCUCUUGAGUAUCUACACGGCAAUAACAUCGUUCACCAUGACAUCAAGCCCCACAACGUUCUGUUGGACGAUGAUGGCGCUACGAUUAAAUUGUGCGACUUUGGAGCCUCGCGAGCGUUCGGUGGUCACGAUACUUCGCUGCCAUUUGCUGGCAUCUUCGGUACAGUUGGCUACAUUGCGCCUGAAUUACUUGAUGGUAAGGCAUCGUACGGGCCUCCUAUUGACAUGUUCAGCGCUGGCAUUAUGCUUUUCGAGAUGGUGUUCGGAUACGGACCCUUCUACCCACCCAGUGCUUGUACGCACCAGGAGUUGGAGUUUCCCAGUAGACCAAAGGCAUCUCCAGAGGUAAAACAGCUUUUGAUUCGGCUACUAGAGAAGGAUCCGAGGAAGCGAAUAACAGCAGCCCAAGCUCUUGGCCAUUCGUGGAUCACGCUCAGUGCAGGUGGUCGCUCGGCUGCCUCUUCUCUCGUGA